AUGGACGGUCGUGUUCGCGACAACGCCAGCUUUAUCGAUUCUCCCGUCGUACCUCCCGCCGUACCUCCCGCCGCAUCUUCCGCCGCGAUCGCCGGUCUCCCCCAGCCCGUAGAAAGCGCGCUCUACCUCUGGGGAUUCAAUCUCCGCGGGCAGACCAGCCACCGCGCGGGGCUGCGGGGGGAUCCGCGCACGUGGCGCUGCCAGCGCGCGCCGCUGCGGACUGCGCGGGAGAAGUUCCGCGCGCGGGACGGGCGGCCCGUGGCGCUUGUUAGCGUGGCGUGCGGGCUGGAACACAGCGCGGCGGUGGGGAUCGAUGGGAGCCUGUUCACGUGGGGGUCGAACGAAUAUGGACAGCUGGGCGACGGCACAGAGCAGAGCAGCAGGUACGCUGACUCCGUUGACUCCAUGGACUUGACUUUCUCCCUGGGGAUUGAUGGGAGCCUGUCUACGUGGGGGUCGAAUGAGUACGGGCAGCUGAGCGACGGAGCAGCAGGUGAAGCGGUGACUGCUGUGGCGUGUGACGCACAGUGCCCUGCUGGCAUCAACCCCUCCUCUGUUUCCCUCGUCUUCACUCCUCUCCAUCCUCUUCUUUUCCCUCGUCCCACGAUUUCCCUACAGGGAGCCAAUAAGAAUUCCAACCUCCCUCGUCUCAUGCGAGGGGCCUUCCCUCCCAAAACGGUGGUUGUUCAGGUGUCUUGUGGCGACUCACACGCUGCUGCCGUGUCCAACACUGGGCUGCUGCAGACAUGGGCUGGCAUCGGCAGGGCGUGUCACCUAGUCUCCUCCUUCCAGCUCUUCCUGGCUGAUGAGUUACCGCCACUCCUUGACGUUGCAGGGAUUUUUUUAGAAUUCUCAAAAUGUCUGCAGAGGCCGCACCUGGUCUCCUCCUUCCAGCACUUCCUAGCUGUUGAGUUACCACCACUCCUCCCUCACCCCCAAACCUACCCACGCUCCACCUCUCCCAACCCACGUCACCCCCACCACACCCCUCCAGGCUACAACGAGCAUGGGCAACUGGGCAUUGGCAGGGCGUGUGACGGCUUACAGAAGCCGCACCUGAUCUCCUCCUUUCAACGCUUCCUGGACGACCUGCCUCUCACCUGCCCCGAUGGCAUUCGCAUUGUGGCAGUACACGUGGGGAGGGGGGUUGAUGGGGCAGCUGGGGCACCUAGGUACACGUGGGGAGGGGGGUUACAAGGGCAGCUGGGGCACCGAACGCUGCAGGCUCGGGGCGGCAUGUGUGAGGUGGUUCCGAGGCGGGUGGUGGCACUAGAGGGGGUUGUGGUGACGCAGGUGGCUUGUGGCCGCACCCACUCAUGCGCUCUCACCCACAGGUGUGCUCUCAACCACAGGUGUGCUCUCACCCACAGGUGUGCUCUCAACCACAGGUGUGCUCUCACCCACAGGUGUGCUCUCAACCACAGGUGUGCUCUCAACCACAGGUGGCUUGUGGCCGCACCCACACAUGCGCUCUCACCCACACAUGCGCUCUCACCCACACAUGCGCUCUCACCCACACAUGCGCUCUCACCCACACAUGCGCUCUCACCCACACAUGCGCUCUCACCCACACAUGCGCUCUCACCCACACAUGCGCUCUCACCCACACAUGUGCUCUCACCCACACAUGCGCUCUCACCCGCACAUGCGCUCUCACCCACACAUGCGCUCUCACCCGCACAUGCGCUCUCACCCACACAUGCGCUCUCACCCACACAUGCGCUCUCACCCACACAUGCGCUCUCACCCACACAUGCGCUCUCACCCACACAUGCGCUCUCACCCACACAUGCGCUCUCACCCACACAUGCGCUCUCACCCACACAUGCGCUCUCACCCACACAUGCGCUCUCACCCACACAUGCGCUCUCACCCACACAUGCGCUCUCACCCACACAUGCGCUCUCACCCACACAUGCGCUCUCACCCACACAUGCGCCCUCACCCACAGGUGGAGGUGCACUUUACAUCUGGGGAGCUGGCAGGGACGGGCAGCUAGGCACAGGCCCCAGUUCUGCUUCCUCUGCUCCCACCUCCUCCUCCUCCUCCUCCUCCUCCUCGUUCCCCUCCUCUGCCUCAUCCUGCCCGUCCUUCCAUCACCUACACAUAGGCUUCACCACCGGCAAUACCACUGCCAGCAACAGCAGCAGCAGCAGCAGCAGCAGCAACAUCAGAUUUGGAGGGGCGUUUGGCCGGGGGGUUGGAGCAGGGGCGCACGGGGGUGGUGGAUGUUCGUCACUGGACUUCGUGAGAGGGCUGGUACAGCGCCUUCCGCUGCUGCUCAUGCCGAAAGGAGUGCGCCUUGUGACCUGUGGGCAGGAUCACACGCUAGUGGCCAUGGCAGACGAUCAGGUCCUGGGGUGGGGUUACAACAGCUGUGGGCAGGCGGCAACAGGGAGGGAGUCCUAUGCAUGGAUGCCCAUGCACGUGGACUGGUGUGUGGGUAAGGUGCAGGCACUGGCAGCAGGGGGAGGCCAUUCCGCUGUGCUUACUGUUGCCGACUCGCUGAAACUCCUUGCUGAGUUCCGGUUGGCCCAUUCCCUCGACUUCUCUCUUCGCCGCCCGCGGGGAUUAGUAUCAAAGUAUGAGGAGGAGAGGGAGGGAAGGACGGCUCGCAGAAGCAAGAGUAGGAGUCGCAGCCGAAGCAGGGACCGAGACCGAGGUAGGGACGAUGGCAAGGUGAAGGAGAAAGAUCGAGGUCGGGAUAAAAAGCGCGAUCGUGACAGGGACAAGGCGGGCGACAAGGAUAAGGCGAGCGACAAGGAUAAGAAAGGCGACAAGGAUAAGGCGGGCGACAAGGAUAAGGCGGGCGACAAGGGUAAGGCGGGCGAUAAGGUUAAAACGGGCGACAAGGAUAAGGCGGGCGACAAGGAUAAGGCGGGCGAGAAGCCCUUGUCCUUGGAGGAGCUGCUGAAGAAGAGGAAAGAGGACGCCUUACAGCAGGCCAAGCCGGUGUUUCUGACCAAGGAGCAGCGGCAGGCACUAACGCUACAGAGGCGCAGGGCAGAGGCAACGGCUCAGAUGAGAAAAAUCGAGAACCAACGGCGGGCGCUCAGAGGACUCCCUCCCCUGCCUGUUGGGGGUGAAGGAGCAGGCACGGACAGGGAGAGGGAGCUAGAGAUGAUCCGAGAGCAGUACCUGGGGCUGCGCAAGCCCAAGAAGCGAGUGAUCAAGCCGAGUGAGAAGUUCCGAUUCUCCUUCGACUGGGAGAACACUGAGGACACGUCGCACGACCUCAACCCCCUCUACCAGAACCCCCACGAGGCGCAGUUGCUGUUUGGACGAGGCUUCAGGGCGGGCGUGGAUAGGAGGGAGCAGAAGAAGCUUGCAGCGAAGAAUGAAGCAGACAUGCGGGCAGCCAUUAGGGAGAAGGAGGGUGUGGAGGAGCGGCCAGAGGAUGCAGAGGCGCAGCAGAAGAGGGAGGAGGCUGCCAACGCGUAUGACACGUUUGACAUGCGCGUUGACCGGCACUGGUCUGAGAAGAAGCUGAGCGAGAUGAACGAGCGUGACUGGCGCAUUUUCCGAGAGGACUUCAACAUUGCGUACAAGGGCUCCAAGGUGCCUCGCCCCAUGCGCAACUGGGAGGAGAGCGGGCUGUCAGCAGAGCUGCUGCGGGCCGUGAAGGAGAUCGGUUACACCAAGCCGUCGCCCAUCCAGAUGGCCGCCAUGCCCAUUGGGCUGCAGCAGCGAGACGUGAUUGGGAUUGCUGAGACUGGUUCCGGCAAGACAUGUGCCUUUGUGCUGCCCAUGCUGACGUACAUCUCAAAGCUGCCGCCCAUGACCGAGGCCAACGAGGCGGAGGGGCCGUACGCCGUGGUCAUGGCGCCCACCAGAGAGCUGGCGCAGCAGAUCGAGGAGGAAACCGUGAAGUUUGCCCAAUUCAUGAAUCUCCGGGUCGUGUCGAUCGUAGGAGGGCAGUCCAUUGAGGAGCAAGGCUUUAAGCUGCGCCAGGGCUGUGAGAUUGUGAUCGCCACACCAGGGCGACUGCUGGACUGUCUGGAGAGGCGCUAUGCCGUGCUGAACCAGUGCAACUAUGUGGUGCUGGACGAGGCUGAUCGCAUGAUUGACAUGGGCUUUGAGCCUCAGGUGACAGGAGUGCUGGAAGCCAUGAACACGACAUUCCUCAAGCCCGAGAACGAGGAUGCAGAGCUGGAUGCCUCCCGCAUCUACCGGGUGACCUACAUGUUCUCUGCCACCAUGCCUCCCAGCGUUGAACGGCUGGCCAGGAAAUACCUUCGCAAUCCCGUCGUGGUAACGAUUGGCACGGCAGGCAAGGCGACAGAGCUCAUCACGCAGAACGUGUUCAUGGUGAAGGACUCUGAGAAGAUCUCCCGCCUGCAGCGCCUGUUGGAAGAAGUUGGGGAGGACCGCACGGCCAUUGUGUUUGUCAACACCAAGAAGACGGCUGAUGGUGUUGCCAAGCAGAUUGACAGGAUGGGGUUCAAUGUGACGACGCUGCACGGAGGCAAGACGCAGGAGCAGCGAGAGGUCAGCCUGGAGGGCUUCAGAACCAAGAAGUUCAACGUGCUGGUGGCAACAGACGUGGCGGGCCGUGGUAUCGACAUCCCGGACGUGGCACAUGUGAUCAACUUCGACAUGCCAGGCAACAUUGAGAUGUACACUCACCGCAUCGGGCGAACGGGGCGGGCGGGCAAGACAGGAGUAGCGACCACCUUCCUCACGCUGCAUGACUCCGAGCUCUUCUACGAUCUCAAGCAGAUGCUUACGCAAAGCGGUUGUGCCGUGCCUCCUGAACUCGCGCGGCACGAAGCUGCCAAAUUCAAACCAG